AUGUCAAAGUUAUCUGUUAUCUUUUAUAUUAUUUCUUUUUUUAUUCUUGUAUAUUAUUCAAAAAGUUGUGAAGGACGUGAUUUAAGAAAUACUGAAUGUGAUUGUAGAUGUGAUGAGAAUGGUAAUGUUAUUGGAGGAACAGAAUGUGAAAAUUUAAUUAAUAAUGAAGAAAAUAACAAUGAAGAAAUUAAUAAUGAAGAAGAUAAUUCUAAUCAACUUUCAACAGAUCUAGCCAUUUCUAAUGAUAAUGAAUCUGAAAUCGAAAUAUUGAAAAGAGAUAAAAGAUAUUAUGGUUGUGGUUGUUGUGGAUGUUGUAUGAUGGGUACACCAAAAACUGUUACCAAAACAAUAAAAGUAACUUAUGGUGGUUGUUGUGGUUGUGGAGGAUAUGGAUAUGGAUAA